CCGGCGAACCCUUUGAGGACAUGAAGAAGCUCAUGGAGCUUGGUCGUGGAUUUCAAGAAUCGUGGGUGGUAGAUUUCGGGGCAGGAGGAGGAGUGUGAAAACCUGUGCGUGUCUGGGAGCGUGCCUUCCCUCGCGUCGGCGUCCUCCAAUCACUAGUUUCUGUCUCGAUACACGCUUGUGCGUUUGCGCCACGCUUUCUGUCCUCACCCCACUUGUUUCUCUUCUCGUAGAGGCUUUCUGUGGAGUCUCUGAAGCAGUGAUUUGGUUCUGUAUGUGCUACGAAGUUGAUCGUUGCAGUUGACGAGGUUUCGGCGGAAUUUGUAGCGAUUAAGAGGCUGUUGCGGUUGAUACCGGAAGGCCCUAGGGACGUAUUGGAGUUUGUUGGCAUUUCUUGUGCUAUCAGAGCAUUACACGCAUCGGUCACGAGGGGUUUUAGAAGAGUUGGAAGGGUUUGUGAGAACUCUUCCUCGUACUGAAUUAAGUAGAGAUUUUCGAAAUAUGUUCACGUAAAAGUGUGACUUGUCCAUUGUGCGAUCUGGAUGUAAUGUCUGAGCACGCGGUGUGUAACUGGUUGUGGCCAUUUUUCGAGGAACUUCACAAUCUCAUACACGAUUGGCAUGGAUGGAAGAGGACUUAUUUGCGAGCUCCUGUGCUUCAUUAUGUUCUAUUAAUGGAAAGCAUGCCGCAUGCAGACGCUCAAGGGCGCGAUCGAAAGAUCGCAAUCGCAGUUGAUUUGAGUGAUGAGAGUGCCUAUGCGGUGAAAUGGGCAGUGGCCAACUACCUUCGCCCUGGGGACAACGUAAUCAUACUCCAUGUGCGGCCCACGAGUGUUCUUUUUGGAGCGGAUUGGGGUGCAACAGAUCAAGUUCUUGAAGCUGAUGACAAGGAGUCUCAGCAAAAAAUGGAAGAUGAUUUUGCCAUUUUCACUGAAACUAAAAGCGCCGACCUUGCCAAACCAUUGUUGGACGCUGGCAUACCUUACAAGAUUCACAUCGUGAAAGAUCAUGACAUGAAAGAGCGAAUCUGCUUGGAGGUUGAGCGUCUUGGAGUCAGUGCAAUGAUCAUGGGUAGCCGAGGUGUAGGUGCCACUAGACGCUCUCGAAAAUCCCGCCUUGGAAGUGUCAGUGACUACUGUCUUUACCAUUGUGAGUGCCCUGUGAUCGUUGUGAGGUUCCCAGAAGAUCAAAAUGGCCAAACUAUUGUGCACCGGUCGAAUUCCAGGCCCAGAACUCCAAGCCCACAUGCAUCUCCGAGCCCAACUCCCAAGGUUCCAGUUCAAACCGGUGAGGAAAUGCCUGUUUGAGACGUGCUGAUUGACGCUGCACCUGCUUCAUGGCAACACGAGAGCAUCCUCGGGUACCUCAACAGCGUCGGCAACAAAGGAUUAUGCUGAAUAGUUGGAGAAGACUCAUCACUUCAUCAUCAAGCAGGAAACUAGUUUGUGAUGGCUUGGAAUGACUCUUGUCUACGUUAUGUUGCAUUGUAACUUGGCAAUGGGCUACAGUAUUCAACCACAUCAUUCCUACUGUAUAGAGAGACUUCUAAAGCAUUCGAGCAGGUUGUGAUGAGGUUUUGUUUUACAAAUUCGAUGUGACCCUCCUGGCUGUUGUGAGAAGUUUGUUUUGGUGAUUUCCUGCUGAAAGUGUGUUAUCAGUCGUUCUAGUUGUUGACCCAAAGUGGCAAAACUUAGUUACAGCAACAGACAUGUUGCUAUAUUAAUGUAGUGUUUUGACCCGUUCUCGUUC